AUGAUAUUCAAGCUUGCCACAUACAAGGAUCGCAAAUCUCGACGUCUCGACCCGGCGCUCGACGAUGGUGAGACCAAUGUGGAGGGCCAGAAAGACGAAAGUGCUUUAGGGAACGAGCCCCGCAGUGCAUCUGUUGUCACAGAAGCAGCGAUGAUAUGGACUUCUUUGAUUAUUGCGAACGUGUUGCUUCUAGGGAUUCAUAUCGGGUUGCUGUUGACCUCACGCUGUUCCGCUCCGGCCAAGCGGAAUGCAGUUAUGGGAGAGGUGUCGAACUGGUCGCCCGUCUCUGACGAAAUCGACAUCCCUAUACGCCCGAAGAUAAGCGGCAGAGCUUUAUUUCCAAGCCCGGAUGAGUUGAACACACAAGAGAGAACCGGAUCAGAAGACAACGCGGCAUGGGAUUACUUUGACAACGUCAGGACGCAUGUCGCGACUCGUGCGGAUAUCCUCAAACUGGGCAAGGAUCCAGAUAAGAUAGCCCGUUUUGAAGACUGGUACUGGGGUUUGGGGGACGACGCCUACAUGUUUCAGCUAGACGUCAUGCAUCAAAUCUACUGCCUGAAUCUCCUCCGUCAAGCCGCAUUUGGCAAAAGGGAAAAUGAAACCCACAGCAGCAUGUGGUGGACUCGCCUCAGUAGCUGCGUCGAUAGUUUGUUGCAAAAUCUCCAGUGUCAUGCAACCACCGAGGCCUUGUCCAUGGUGUGGAUGGAAGGGGACGAAACGCCGUCGCCUGAUCUCAACGUAAAUGGGAAAUGUCGCGACUUUGAGGUCAUCCGUGAAUGGGACGAGAUGCAUGCGGUUGAUAGUGAUAUGUUUGGGAAGAUGCCUGUUCCGAAAGAUGCUUUUUUGUGGCCGAACCCAAUUCGUCGAGCGACAUUUGAUGGGAUAUGA